UCCGUGCGGUGGUUGGCUCCGGAGGCGGGGCUGCCGGCGCAGAACUGGCGGAAGCUGCGCUCGCGGCGGCCCCAGUGAGUCCGCCCGCCGGCGCUGGGCUACCGACUCCUGGCCCGGUCGCCCUUCCUGCUUCCCGGGUCCAGGCCGUCGCAGGCACCAUGUCCGGCUACCCCAAGAGCUAUAAUCCUUUCGACGACGACGUGGAGGACGAGGUCGCCCGCGACCCUCCCGGCGGGCCCGACGCGCCCAUGGACCGUCAGCAGUACCUGCGACAGGAGGUACUGCGCAGGGCCGAGGCUACGGCCGCCAGCACCAGCAGGUCCUUGUCCCUCAUGUAUGAAUCGGAGAAGGUCGGAGUCGCCUCUUGCGAGGAGCUGGUUCGGCAGCGAGGAGUUCUAGAACACACUGAGAAGAUGGUAGACAAGAUGGAUCAGGAUUUGAAGAUAAGCCAGAAACAUAUCAACAGCAUUAAGAGUGUGUUUGGAGGAUUUAUCAACUACUUCAAAUCCAAACCAGUAGAGGCUCCACCUGAACAGAAUGGCAGCAUCACCCCACAGCCCAACAGCAGAUUGAAAGAAGCCAUAAAUACAAGUAUGGAUCAGGAAAGCAAGUACCAAGCCAGCCACCCAAACCUCAGAAGGCUGCAUGAUGAAGACCCGAUCCCCAAAGGGCCUGCUUCUGCUGAGACUACUGAGGUUUACCCAAAGAACUCGAGCCUUCGAGCCUAUCACCAGAAGAUUGACAGCAACUUAGAUGAGCUCUCCAUGGGAUUGGGCCGACUCAAGGACAUAGCCUUAGGAAUGCAGACGGAAAUCGAGGAGCAGGACGACAUUCUUGACCGGCUAACAACCAAAGUGGACAAGUUAGAUAUCAAUAUAAAAAGCACAGAAAAAAAAGUUCGGCAACUAUAAAGAAACCGAAAAGGAAUUCUCCUCCAUUUUGGUGAAAAGAUUCAAAAGCCUCUUUUAAACUCCUAAGAAAUGUCAUUGAUUACACAGUAUGUAAUUAACAUGUGUGUUCAGAUGUGGGUCUGAAGAAAUUUUAGUUUCAGUGGGGAAAAAAUGUAUGUGUUCCACAUUUUGGUAAGACCAACAUCACUGCAGUUCUGUGAGCUAUCUGCUGAGUUGUAAUCUAAACAUGGCAGACUAAUUGUGAGCACCUUGAGCCUUUGAUUACUGUGCAGGACAGAGAAGAAAACAUUGCAUUUUUUUCUUUCAUGAGUGUAUGCAAAGAUGUGGGCAGACUCGUAACUACUGUCUUCUGCUUAUUCGUUUGCUGAGUCUCUCACUUCAAGGCCUUACUGUGAAUUCAGAUGUGAAGGGACCCUGGGUUUGUGGCAGAAGGAAGGCUCCUUCCACAUCUUCACAUGUCAGUCGUUGUUGACAUGCCUGCACACACAUUGAGUACAUUGUAGCUCUCUCCCCUGAAAAGGACCAGUGAGAUCCAGAAAUGGAAGGUGUUACCUUCAUUACCCUGUGCCCCUCCCCCCAUCUUCUCUUCUUUUCCUUAUUUCAGUAGAAGGAUUCAGACCAGGACUGUUAGACAUGACAUCUGCAAGUGUGCGGAAAUCGGAUGAGCCCUCCUUCCCUGCCACUGUCAUCUCAUACUUUCUGCUGGGGGCAGCUUUUCUCCACUGGCUCAAGGCCAACCAAUUGGUUGAUGGGGAGCCCCUGUGGAGUUUGUGAGCCUUGAGUAUCACAAAAACACAAACCUCUCCACUGAGCCCUCUGCCUUGGGAAUAGUACCAAGGCAGUGUUUAUUUGGUGCCUGGGGUCCCCUCAUCCACCUGGGACCCCACCCGUUCUCUGUGUUUCCACAAAGUGCCCACCUGGUUUGAGGACUAAGAUCCCCAAAUGAUGCUGACUUUCUGUGAGACGACUUGACCAAGAAGAAGCCCAGGCACCAUUUUAGCUAGCUAGUUCAUUCCCUUCAUCUUCCAAAAGAAAUUAUCUAGAAGCAUUAAUUAAAGUUGAUUCUAUAACAAUUUUUCUUGUGUUGGUACUUCCAAUAAAAUCAUUGACGCCAUAGAGCACUUGACUAUCUUAAAAUCAAAUUCAUGUAUUUUGAAGAUGGUAAAGGGGACUGUUUUUUACUGGUAAGGUAGAAACUAAAAUUCCAGUGCCUUUUUGCCUUGAAACGUGGCUCAUGUGCCAUUUUGGGAUCCUUUCUUUAGCAUCUUGAGUCUAUAGAUCAUAAGCAAAGCGUGCGUGGGGUUGUGGGUUCGGCUCAGUGGUCAAAUCCCGCCCUUCGCUCGCAGGGCCCUGGGUUGAUCACCACGGGGAGAGAGACUGAAAAUGGUAACAGCAUGAUUACUGCUCUGUAGCAACUUGUACACUCCUGUCACAAAAUACCCAACCUUACUGGAAAGACAGCCACCACAGGCAAAAAAGGGUGUCAAUGUCCAUCUGUCCCUAGAUCUGAAGAUCUGCCUAUGGUGGACCUCUGUGAGUUCAAGGCCAGCCAGGACUGUAUACCAAGACCCUGUCUCAAACAAUAUAGAGAGACCAACCCAUCUGUAUUUCCAUGUGUAAUUGUUUUCAGCUUUUCUAUAACUGUUGCUUUUUAUCAGAAUCGGGCAUAGCCUUGUGGAAUUAAUCAUAUACCUCAGUCCCAAGAAGUUAACAUCUGAGGAUACCUUCCAUUGGCAGCUGAGUGUCAGUGAUUCAGAACAUAAGAACAUUUUAUGUACCUUCCUUUGGUUUGUUAAAUUAAUGAAGCCAUUCUCUCCUUUUCCAAUCUUUUUAACUCCAUGAAUGUGAAACCUGUCUUCCUUCUGUUGUUUAGCAUCUAAACCAUUAGAGGGCCUCAACCAUUUCCUUCUGUUCUUCAGAUUGGGCUGUGCUCUGCUGAAACAGUUCCUGGCUGGCUGGAGACCUGCUAGUGCCAGUGCUGCCCUAGGAAGCAGGGUUGUUUGUGCAUCGCAGAAAGUAAAGGACCUAAAGAAGGUCCAGAGUCCUUGCCACAUGAUAAUUGUGACCAGAUCUGCUGGCUGACACCUGCAACCACAGCACUGAGGAGGCAGGUGGAUUGCCCCGAGCUGGAGGUCUAGGAUGAGGUCUUUUCUCAGAAGAAUCAGUGGUUGUGGUGGGGAAAGGAAGAGAUCACCCUACACUCUGGUCUAGGAAAGUCAGUGGCAGGGAGGUGGCGGGGAAUGGAACGGGCUUCCGUGUCAUAGAGCACACCAGUGAACAUAUCCUUGACAUGUGAGGUCUUCAGGACAGACGGGAGCAAACUGCCUUCCGAAGGUGACGUUGGUAGUAUUAGGUCAGCUAUAUGCUAAGUGUGCGACUAAAUCACUGUGUUCUCCCUUCUGACAUGUGCUGACUUGUGACUUAGCAGCACUAGAGUGACCUCAUGAACUGUUUCUCCUCAUUCUGAAGGAGAGGCCUGAAGUUCAUUCAUGUAACAAGUCAAAAAGAUAGCAGUGCAUUUUAAUUUCCCUUCUUCCUUAUAAAUGUGUAAUUUUAAGUGUAUAAUGUGUUACUUUAGUAAAACUUUUCUACUUUGCCUGAA